AAACAUUAUAUGUUUGACUCAAUGUUAUUAUUGAUAUACAGUUUAUAAGUUAUACCAUAAACUCUAUGAUAUAUAACAUACUGUUUGGCAAAAUGAGUCCAUAUUUGGCACUUCAGUCAUCAUCUAUUUGAUCUGUUUGGUGACAUUUGUGUCAAUAUAGACGAUARUAAGUCAUCCAGAAAUGGACAGAUCAAACACUUCGGUGAUAUCGUCAAAAUACGAACAAAUGAUGACUGAAAUGGUCGACCAUAACUUCCAAGUGAUUCGCUUCAGUUCAUACAGAACUGCUUCAAAGUUACGUUUUAUUCAACAUAAGACUAAUUUCCAUUUGAUUGAUCUGUGGAAUUCAAUUGAAGCCAUUCGUGACAGCGGUUUGAACAAUAUUCAAGACAUAUCAUCACAGAUAUCAGUGCAACGCUUGGAAACAUUGGUUACAUCAGUAUUUUAUUCGCUAUCAAAACGUCUUCCACAGUCAUUAUCAUUAAAUUUGGACCAAUCUAUUGAACUGAUGCUCAGUUGGCUUUUAGCCACUUAUGACCCCACUGGUUGUGGCAAAGUUAAUGUCUUUGGAGUGAAGAUUGCGUUUGCAAUCAUGUCUUUCGGUAAAUUAAUAGACAAACUUCGGUAUAUAUUUUCUCUCAUAUCAGAUGCCAGUCGAGGCCUUCUAAUUGAAAGUUAUUUUAAUGCAUUUCUUCGAGAAUCAAUGGCUCUGACGGCUAGUGUCGCAGAAACGACAACUUUUCAAUACGACGAUAGUCUCUCGUCGUCUAUCUUUGACUUUAGUCAAGCCAUUGAUUUACAUUUAUUUAUGUCAGUCUUCAUAACAACAAAUAGUCCUCCACUUUGUAUUUCAUGGAUAGUAAUACUACACCGAAUGGCUGAAGUCGAACAAGUGGUUCAUCCAAUUGCUUGUAAUGCCUGCAAUAGACAGCCUUUUAAUGGAUUUCGAUAUAAGUGCCAAAAAUGUUUUAACUAUAAUUUAUGUCAGGAUUGCUUCUGGAGAGGCAGACAUUCAGGUUCUCAUAAUGCAGACACACACGCCUGCAAAGAGUACGGCUAUUGGAAGUCACCGACAAAACAAAUCGGACAUUCUUUACGCAAAUCAUUUCGUUGUAUUCCUUCAAAUCGGACACAAUUACAAUAUAUCGACGAACCACCGAAAGAUAAGCGCUUUAAUUUGAGUCAUAUCGUACCUCCGUCUCCCGUUCCCACUAUUCAUCACAUGAAUAGUUUGAAUCACAUGCGAUCGACUUCUUCUGAUUUAGAGUCACUUUAUGGAAGUUUUAAAUACAGAUCUCCUUCUUCUAUACACACAACAGCUACUAAUGAACAUAAGACUGAUGACGAAGAGCACCGUCUCAUUGCACGAUAUGCCGCCGCUUUAGCCAAUUAUACUAAAGGAUCGGUACUGACUAAUAGCACUUCACAAGUAGUUAAUGAUAUUUCAAAUCAGCAAAGAGUUAUUAAACAAUUAGAAGAGAAAAACAGAGAAAUUAUGAAAGAAAUAGAAACACUUAGACUUGAAAAACAAGAGAAUGAGAUGAAAGACUCGCGGAUUAAAUCGAGCAGUCAUUAUGCAAAUGUCAGUCAAACACAAUUGGAUCCAAUUUUGUUGACUGAAUUGUCGGCAUUAAGACAACGUAAAGAAGAGUUAGAAUCACAUUUGAGUGCACUUCAGGAUAGUCGACGCCAACUAAUGGUUCAAUUGGAAGGCUUAAUGAAAUUAUUGAAAAAUCACGGAAACCUACUUUCGAUUCCUAACAGUGCCCCGAGUUCUGCCUCUUCAACACUUAACCGAAAAUAUGUUAACUCAUUGACUUCUACUGUAUCUGAAUCAAUGUUAAGUGACAUAAGUAAUGCCACCGUUUCUACGGUAAAUCGGGAUCUUUUAGUUGCUGCAGAUUCUGUCACUAAUGCUAUGUCAUCGCUUGUUAAAGAACUUAAUUCAGAUGAUGAAGAAGAUUUAGUCCAACAAAUCAAACAUAAAGUUUUAAUUAAUGAAAUAAUAGACAAUACUAAUAGACAAAACAUUAAUUUGGAUAAAGAUAUCGAAAUAGAAGAACAAAAAUUGAAAUCCAAAGCAUUGGCCGCUUCGGUGGCUUUUUCUUAAGUUGUUUUAUAUUUAGUUUAAUUUAUUUGUUAAAUGGCUUAUAAUAUAGGUUUAUAUGUCAAAAAUAAAUCAAAUAAUAAACAAAUAAAAAGCAGUUCAAAGUGUAACUCACUUUAUACUACAACUGAUGAUGAAAGCUUCAUUCAUACCGAUGAUGACGAUUUUGAUGACAUUGAUGAUCAAUCGUGGAAUAUAUCAUAAAUUACAAUUACCUCACCGGUAAAUGUUUU